AGCUUAUUGAAACCACUGAAAUCACUAUCUGCGUGUAAUACUCACACAUUUUCUACAUUUGAUAAGCAGAGGCGGACGCUCUGAAUAAAUUGAAUAUUAUAUUUCAUUUUCUGAUUGGUCAUACACUUACCCAAAAUGCCUGGACAAUACAUAAACCGCAAAUACACGCGUUCGAUUAUGGUAAUCCUCCGCUUCCUGUGGGCUUUUUCCUAUCUCUGGGCCAUGAUGCACGCGGCUGCCAUCCUGCCGAUUCCGUACGAGCGCUGGGAGAACAAUUUCUGGAGCAAGAAACGCAAUUACGUAUUGACCUACAAGAGCCUGUUCGAAUUCAAAAUGAAGACUGAGAUGUACGUCCACGUCCUGGUGUUUGUGGUGCUCUUUAGUCUGUACCGCUGCUGCCAGUGCAGAUUGAUUGGAGCCCGCUUUAUGCUGCCUGGAUUGGAUAGGCCCAGUAACAAGUAUCGUCUAAUGGCCCUGGCAGCGCCAUACUGGUUCGCCUUUAUCGGCACCUGGACUAUAAGCACAUUGAUCACAGUAUGGGGCCUUAUUCUCGUGGUAAAGCGUGAUGAGAGUGACAGAACCUAUGUUUUGAUCGCCCAACUGAUCAUAGCCAUGUUGUUCAAGCUCAUGGUGCUCGCCAAUGUCUACUCGACCGUUCUGCGCAUUUGGGGCUACAUAAAAAUAUUCGAGAAGGACUCGAUCGUGGGUCAGCUGAACUAUAACAAUUUCGGGGACCAUCUGGAUUUAUUUUUUCGCGUUUGAGAAACUGUUACUUUAUCGGAAAAUUAAUAAAAUGUGAGCUAAAGGUACUAAAGUCUUUAAA